CUCCGCAUUUUUUUUUUCUUGAGACGGAAACCCCACAUGGAUUCCCCGAAACCAAUGAAUUGGUGGUUUCACUAUGAAGCACAAGGCACACAUUUACUCUUUGAAUCAUUCGUCAUUGAGAGCGGCGUGUCACUCUUCUUUGGCUACGUGUUUAUUGUCGCGAUGUGCUGGUCAGAACGCGCGGUAACUUAUUAUCUGGACAGGCCCAAGCCAGGGGAAGGAUCAGGCACAGAAGGUGGACGAAGCCGCCAAUGGAAGGAUAUCAUCUUACGCACGGUCCUUUAUGGCGUGGCAACCACCUUAAGAUUGUGGUACAUGCUGGUUACCAUGUACUUCAACAUUGGAUUUUUCAUUGUGGUGGUAGUUGCAUUGACAAGUGGACAGCUUGUUGUUGAAGCCCUGAAAGCAACACGGUAAGUAUCAGUUCCAUACUGAAAGUCUUUCUGGCUAAAAAAAAUGAAAACCAAAAACAAAACAACUAUUUGAACAUAGGAAUUCGACGGUGUACCAUAUCCCGGAUCCCAACAAUAUUCAUCACCGUCAUAGUACAAGCAGCAGUGAAUACACGUCACUUGAAUACAAGCACACCAGUGCGCAAAAUGUUGGGGGUAACAGCAGUACCGGAAAUAGCGAUAACAGUAGCAACCGACGAUCAAGGCAUCGAGACGGCAUCGAAGAGGAACAGCGAUUGUUUGCUGUUCCUGCAGACCACGAAGAAUUUGAGUUGACUCACAGCGCGCAUCAUUAACAAUGUCAACAACAGCAGCAAUUACAUGGUAGGGCUCGUCUAUUGACUUCUCUCUUUCUAAACCCCCCUCCACGUUGGGCUUAGUUUGACAAUUUUGAAUAAAAUGGAACAUAAUUUAAUUGUAAAUUGAUAC